AUGGCCUCAUUUGCAGUCUACAUCAUCGCCAACAUUGGCCUCAGCUUUUCGCCAAACUUUGCCGUUCUCCUCAUCUUUAGAGGCUUACAAGCAGCCGGAAGCGCUUCAACUGUUAGCAUUGGCAAUGGCGUCAUUCAGGAUAUCUCUCCUCCCGUGGAAAGGGGAGCUUUUGUCAGUUUCUACCAAGCAAUCCGGAACUUCAGCAUCGCCAUCGGACCCGUGCUUGGUGGAUUGCUCGCAAGUUUUCUUGGUUUCCGGUCCAUUUUUGUCUUUCUCUUGAUUCUAUCGUCCAUGGUCAUACUGGUCAUUAUCACGUUUCUACCCGAGACCAUGCGGGCUAUCGCUGGAAACGGAUCCCUCCGACUAGAAGGCGUCUAUAAGCCGCUGAUUCUAUAUAUUACGAAAGAGCCAGACUACUUAGAGAAUCCCGAAGACCCGUAUCGACAGAAGGAAAUUACACUAAUGACCUUUGUUGAGCCACUGAGGUUGCUCGUUCAGAAAGACAUUCUCGUCAAUCUCCUCUUCGGCGGUGUGGUGUACACCGUAUGGAGCAUGGUGACGUCAAGCACGACGGGUCUUUUCAAGCAGCGAUUUAACCUCAACGAACUCGAGAUUGGUCUUGCCUUUCUACCUAAUGGUUUCGGAACAAUCAUUGGUUCCGCCAUUGCCGGCAAGUUGAUGACACGAGACUAUCUUUCCGCAGAGGAGGCGUAUAAAAUAUCGCACAAAUACGGUACUACCGAAUGUUUCACAGGUGGCAACUUACCUGCCGACUUUCCCAUAGAACGGGCUCGCCUACGGCGGCUGCCAUGGAUUGCCCUCAUAUUCGUCGUCGCCACCGCCGGCUAUGGCAUGUCUCUCAACUUUUCCUCCUUAGACUCACGCAGGGGCUGGAUUGCCUUACCUCUGGCCCUGCAAUUCUUGAUCGCCGCCGCAAGCAACGCUGUGUUUGCUCUGAACCAAACCCUCGUCACCGACUUAUGUCCUGGAAAGGGUGCCAGCGCCACGGCCAUCAACAACCUCGUUCGAUGUGGACUCGGUGCUAUUGGUGUUGGGCUUAUAGACAUAUUUUUAGAAAUGACCGGACCUGGCGCUACGUUUUUGGGCCUGGCACUGGUUACAGUUGCAGUUAGCCCUCUAGCGGUAAUACAUUGGUACUGGGGUCAAGGUUGGAGGGCGAAGAGAAUGAGAGCGAAUGAGAUGGCGAGAUCCAAGAGCGCAGUGGAUAGCUAG